AUGGACAGCGCACAAUCGUACAUGGCCGACGAGGGCAAGUCGUCCAAGAGGGGACGGCUGAUGGGCAAGCUGUUUGGCGGCAAGGACCGCAAGCUGGAGGAGAGCAACAAUGCAUCCAACCUUGACGCCUUCCUGAGCUCGGCCGACACCCUCAACGUUACACAUCCUCCUCCACCGCUUCCUCCCACGGUCGCCCUGCCGAAGCUCGACACCAGCAUCUCCCGCUUUCCCCAGGCCCUGGCCGUCAACCAGCAGGCCCAGCAGAACCGUCCUCUCGCUCCAGGCGCUGGCGUCGAAGUGCGAUCCCCAAAGCGAAGCCCACGACCGAGCCGCAAGGGCCUCGCCGUCAAGUUCACAGAGACGUACCCCGACGUCAUCGGCGAAGGCGGUGACGAGUGUGAGAACCCAACCAUAGAGAUAUCGAGGCGAAAGGGCCAGCAGUCGUCUCCCCCGCCUAUGCCUCCCCAGAACCGGCCAAAGCCCCCCUCAAGCAGACCCUCUUACUCGAACAGUGACAUAUCAUCGGCACAGGAUGAUUUCGUACCCAAACCCAUAUCCCGAGUUCAGACGUCAUUUUCGUCCAUCUAUAGCCCUGAUGCCGACACAAAGACUCUGCCAAAGACGAGGACGAAUUCGUCGCUCGGGGUGGACCGCCAGAACUCUCUGGACCCUGGCAGGAACCUCUCUCCAGGGGGAUUCUUGGGAGCUCCAGGCGGAAGGAAUGAUGAAAACAGAAAGUCUUUUAUUGAAGUCCAAAAUGCGCAGAUGGCAUUGGCCGAGGGAAGAGCCUUUGCCAAGGCUGUCCGCACUGCCAGUGCGGCCUCCGAGCACGAUUGGGGUGAGAAGAAGCUGCCUUCAUCCCGCGAGCUGAACGAUUCGCCAGAGCCUACAUCUCCCGAAGCCCAAAUCAAACCUACGGAAUACAGCCCUGUUACCUCCAUGUCUACAAAUUCCAGCGCACACGCUUCGCCAAACAAUCCCAACCCGCCAAAACAGAUGCCACGACGCCCCAGCGGCACCCAGAAUGAGCCCGCAUCGCGUCCUCCGCCGUCCAUGGCCUCGAGAGCGCUUUCGGUCCGAGUUACCGACGCAGCGGCCGCCAAUGAGGCUCUCAAGACUUUUAUUGCUAGAAGUAGGCACCUAUUUGCGCUAUUUCGACUACAUGCCGAGCAGGUACGGCCACUGGGGUCCUGCACUCAAUCACAGCUUGCGCGGGGUAGUUUGUGGUGGUUCCUGAAGGGCAGAAUGGGUCUGGAGGCCGCUAUACGAGACCGCCCAACGACACCCCAGUCACAAAUGCAGCUGGAUCUUGACCGACAACAGGCACACUCUAACUUGGCCAAAUCGUAUUGGCUUUGCCAGGAAGUCCUCCCCGAUAUUGUCGAAUCGCAAGGUCAAGCCCCAGACCCCGAGGUUGCUGAUGUGGCCAAGAAUUUGGUCACUGCUUUGACGAAGCUGGCAAUUUCGAUGAAGCGAAACGAAAUUCUGCCACCGGAAGAUGCCGUAUUACCGCAAACCAUCGACAAGUCAAUCUGGGUGGAGUAUCCGCCUCUAAGCCAGGAUCUGGUGGCUUUAAUGACAGGCAACUGGGGCGGCGGCCUCACCGCAAUGCAGCACCCUAUGACCUAUCUGGAGCUACUGGACGCAUUUCCUGUGGGUGAUACGGCAGAGACGUUUUGCUACGGGAGAAUGUCGGCGGAUGUGUUCCUGAUGGAGCAAGGAAGAGAGAACAAGCAGCUACGCUUCCCCUGCAUGGUUUCCUUGGUUCGACCCAGCAAGCAUAAUGGACUCAUCUUCGUGGUAUCUAGCCAAGAUGGCAACAUCCAACUACCCAUCCAAGACCGAACUAAAGGAACGGGACCAUCCUGGGGGGAUAUUCGCUGGAGGCCUGAGACAUCUUCCUUUGAUCUGCGUCUGCCGCGUGGCUUCAAGUUGGCCUUGCAGCUAUCCCAAAGUGAUUACAAGAUGCUUUACAAUAUGUACGACUACGCCACGAAGCUUCAAGCGACUCUCCAGCCUCGACCAGACGAACAGGUCGUAUUUCGAAACAACCUACGAUCAUUUCAAUAUCUGGAUGCGGACCCCAAUUCCCGGGCUUUCCCCAAGGAACCAAUACCUUCUUGCGAUGUAGCUCUCUUUGAAAAACUCCGAAAAGAAAAUGGCCCUCAGGGCCAACGGACCUGGCACACCGGGUUCCGCAUUGCGGUUGUCACAGGACCGAAGACGAGGACAGCUUGUGGAGUCUCUCACUCUUAUCCUCCCCCGUUGCCUGUGCAGUUUGGCUUCUUCAGGGCUGAAGGAGACUUGCCUGCCUUUUCGGUCAAGUUUGAAAAUGGCCGGCAGAAAGGACGCAUGGUCAUGGUGUUUAGUGACGAAAAGGAGCGAAAUCGCUUCCACUCUCUACUCACGGGUACAUCUGUAGAGCCUGGCGAGAAAGUGUUUGCUGAUGUGCCAAUUACCGGCGUCACUAUUGCCCAAAGCCUUCGUGAGCCACUUGGCAUGUCACCUUUCAGCCGACUGCAGUGGAAAGCAGGCAGAGUGGUGAAUGACGAGUACGGCGCGGAGGGAGAAGAGGCCCCUACGGUCCUCGCAGACAGGCUGAGGAUUGUUCUGGAGCAUCAGUAUGGUACGAUCACGGAUAGAAUUAAUGUCGAGCCUGGCGAAUUACGCAUGCGCUUGGAGGUUAGCAACGCCAGAGUGCUCAAACUCCUUCGCCAACCCCAGCAGGAUAUGACUAUUGCCGUUGCAGAAUCGCAAGUGGGCAAGGACGUGCCGAGGAACAUGUGGGACUCGCUGCAGCUUAUCAAGACGAACCAAACGAUACGAUCCAUCGAAUUCAACAACCUCAAGGACCUCCAUGCCUUCCAGUACGCGGUUUUCGGCUUCGAAGUCAUUUUUGAUUCGCUGGCAGUGACCUUUGCCAUUGCGCGACGCCGCAUGGUUGUGCCAAUCCACAAGAAGUGGGAGGCGGGAUACACCAGAAUCCAGGUCAUCAGGCAAGAGGACAAGCAGCUGCAGUUGUUGGCAUUUUUCGAAGAGUUUAGCCAUGGGCAUUGUAUGAAUUUCGUGUUGAAGCAAACAGAUCUAUACGAGGCCUUUCAUAGAAGCGGCAAGUCGGGCAUCCGAUUUAUUGAUGCCAAGUUUCCUCUCCCGCGGCUGCCGGCCGACAAGGAUGGGGAUUACGACGAUAUGGCCUUUGUUUGCCUGGAUCUACCGGAUCUGCCGGGCGAGCAUGAUGAUAUUUCGAUCAUGUUUGAAAACGAAGAAGACCGGGAUCGCCUCGCGCAGUGUCUUCCAGCCCCUAUAAAGGGCUCCUCGAGAAUAUCACGAGUCAAAUGA